AUGAGGGCCGUGGUGUUACUGUUGGCCAGUGCAUUGUGCGGCCUCGUAGUUUCAAAAAACCUACGACCAGCUCCUCACGGACUCCAUGUGCGCGAUAUUGACCCGGAAGAUCUCUAUCCUGGAUACAACAUCUCCGUACCAGUUGAUCAUUUUCACAACGAUUCGAGAUAUGAGCCGCACUCGAAUGAGUCGUUCAACUUGCGCUACUUUUUUGAUGCACGGUACUACCAACCUGGCGGGCCUGUGAUUGUGCUGCAAAGUGGCGAAACCGAUGCCGCUGGGCGUCUCCCCUUCCUACAAAAGGGGAUUGUUGCCAUACUGGCUCAAGCAACCAACGGCAUCGGAGUUGUGCUGGAACACAGAUACUAUGGAACCAGUUUCCCAACGGCAAACCUCUCGACGGAAAACUUGCGCUUCUUGAGCACUGAUCAAGCGGUGGCCGAUCAGGCAUACUUUUCAUCCCACGUUGUCUUCCCUGGUCUCGAGCACUUGAACCUGACUGCUCCAGGAACCGCCCAUAUCGCGUAUGGUGGAUCUUAUGCUGGCGGUAUGGUUGCAUUUCUGCGGAAGCUCUAUCCCGAGUUGACUUGGGGAGCAAUCUCCUCGUCUGGGGUGACCGAGGCCAUCUAUGAUUUUUGGCAAUACUACGAGCCCGUGCGACAGUACGCUCCCGCCGAAUGUGUUGCCACCCAGGUGAAGCUGAUCAAUGUCAUGGACAAUAUCCUGCAAAAGAAUGACAGCAACGAGGUGAAACGGCUCAAGAGUGCCUUUGGGAUGGAAGAGAUGACGUAUAGCGACGAUUUCGCGCAGGUGGCUUCGGGUGGCAUUGGCAAUUGGCAGUCAAACAACUGGGAUCCGGCUGUUGGCAGCCCCAAUUUUGGAGACUACUGUGGCAACAUUACAUCUGACGAAAUUCUUUGGCCCGACUAUGAGAAUCGGUCAUCAGCAGCAGCAGCUUUGAUUGAGGCAGGUGGCUGGGGGAACGAGAGCGACAGUUUGACGAAUCGGGCGUUGAACUGGUUUGCAUGGAUAAACAAUGACUAUGUUCCUAGCUGUGAAGACAGUCUGGAUGAGUGCUAUGGUUAUCACAACAGCUCGGCCGCCAUGUAUACGGACAAGGACGUCUCCAAUUUCGAUGCGCUCUCCUGGUCAUAUCAGACUUGCACCGAGUGGGCAUAUUGGCAGACGGGAUCAGGAGUGCCAAAGGAUCAGCUCCCAUUGAUCUCUCGACUCUUGACCGUGGAGUAUCUCACGCUUGGUUGUCGAUAUGCAUUCAACAUUACAUCAAAGCCCAACCUUGAAGCAGUGAACAAGUACGGAGGGUUCAACAUCUCGUACCCGCGUAUGGCGAUCGUUGGUGGAGAAGCCGACGUAUGGCGGCCGGCAACGCCCCUGGCAACUCUGGAUGUCCCUGAUCGGCUCAAUGAUACGAGUACUGGGAGUGAGCCGAUCAUCCUGAUCCCAGGAGCAGUGCACCACUGGGAAGAGAAUGGAUUGUUCGCCAAUGAAACGACGGCAGAGCUACCUCCGCCAGCCGUGGUCGACGCACAGAGAGAACUCGUUCAAGUAGUGCAGCUUUGGUUGGCAGAGUGGCAACAGAUGCAUGGUUCAAUGUCCACAGAUCCCAGCAGAUUUUGA